GUUCAGGGCGAAGGGUUGGAAGCUAGACGUGUGCGCGGCCCUGAGAGGGGGGGGAGCAAGGUGGCUGGGAGUGUGCAGUAAGUAGGUUGUGGGUGUGUGCUCCUUCCAGUCUCAGGUCACAUUUACUCCUGUCCUUUUCUUCAAGAUGGAGGGAUCCCUGGGCCUGGCCCUUAACUGCUCUCUAUGUACCCCCGGGAGGAUUUGUGACCCUGUCCUGUUUGGAAAAACCCAUGCUGCCCUCUUUUCCCUUUAUGUGUAAUUACGGUUGGAUCAUCUCUGUGCUUUGCUCAGAUUCUUCUUCCUCCCUCCGGGGUUGAGGAGGAGGAGACACAUCUGACCAAUUAAUGUGUGUUUGUGAAACAGGCAGCAGCAAACAGUCAUUUCAGCUUCUAGGAAUUAGGCUCACACAGGGUGGAGAGAUCAGAGCCCUUCAGGGGGAAUAUUUCUGAACAAAUCACAAAUGAUUAAAUUCUCUAAGAAACAGCUUCCUACCUAAAUGAGAGUGGGAAAGAUGGGGGAGAAAGCCUGUCCGUUUCCAGCCAUGUGUCCAGAGCCCCAGGGGUUGAGGAGAGUCCCCAAUCCCCCACAAGCCUCUCUUUUCUGUACUAGGCUUUGCUCUGCAGCCUUGAGUUAAUUUCACCCCUGCUGCUUUGUCUUGGGGGAGGGAGUGCUGGUUUAGGCUGUUGUGAGGAGAUGACUGUUCUGCUGCCACACACAAUAGUCUGUGUCAUUUUAUCGGGAGUGCUACCCCAGGGCUGGGAACUGCUGCUGCAGAGAUAAACCGGUCCCUCUCACCCGCCUAUUGUGUACACAGUGAAGGUCAUAGGUUCAAGUCUUGUCUGAGAGCUUUGGAUAUGCUCCAUCUCCCAGGCUUCUCAGUGCCAUUUUCUUCCUUUUCCAGACUGGGGCUUGCCAUUGGAGGAGGCCAGACAGAAAGGCUCUUCUUUUUGAGUGAGGAACAAUGCAGAGCUCAUUGGCACACAUUUUUCAGAAGAAUAGGGGAUGCCAGCCAUGUUGUGCCUGCCUCUUUGGCUAGCCUGUACUAAGUUGUGAAGGAAUAGUGUCUGGGAGACUUAAUCCCCAUGUUUGUGUCAGACCUUUAAGGAAGAAGACUCCAAGUGGAGGUUUUCACUCUUGUUUGAACCAUCAUAUUUAAUUCUUUUUAUAGAGAUGGGACACUCAACAAUGAUUUUUGUUUGUUUAGGAACACCACUAAAAACCUUUGCAAGGUUAAGACAGGAAGUCAAGGACCAAGUACCUGUUUAAUGGUGACUUCCUGGUCAGUAAUAAUUGCACAACACAAAAGCCACAGAAUUUGCCUAUUUGGGCAGGGGCUGUGGAAACAAAACUUUCCUUUUAAUCUUUAUUUUAAUUCUGAUGAAAAGAGGUGAUGUGCUCAUUAUGCAGAAACGCCAUAUCUGCCUUUGCAUUAGGGAGAAAUUGGUCAAAGUGAUGAACAUAAAAAUCGUUUGAGGUCUUGGGGGUAAUUAAUGAGAGAAGGAUGAGAAUGAGCUAGAAGAAACCCCAGCCUUGUAAAUAUCUCCUAGAAAUGCCCAGGUAGUAUUUAGGUACUAUUAGUUGGGUAAGAAAUCAUUUGGGAUUAGAAAGGAGGUUUCCUUUUAGAAUAUUAAAGAAAACUUUGCUUUAAGAAGAGAUUGGAAAGCAGAUUCGUUGUGAGAGGGCAGUUAUACACAAUGCACUGUGUACACAAUAGCCACCUAUAUCCUGUAGGUAUUCUUGAAUAGGAAUUUUAGCCUUUGGUUUUGGGAGAGGUCUUUCUGAGGUGUUGAGUGUGACUGUGUUGUCUCCCUCAUUCCUUUAUUUCAGUGAGUUUCUGAAAAUGAUGACUUGCCACUUAGGUGUUGGGCUUUGUUGGGAGGGAACAUGUUCUUGAUGUCAAAACUCUUAUUAAAGUCUUAGCUAGAGGUGUUGUCUGUCUUUAGGCUAUUUCCAACAAUCUGUCCUCAGCGUCUGAAGUCUCAGCUAAACAGAGUCCCAAGCAUUUUGCUCGUGGGUUGUGGACCUUCAUUUUGAAUCCUGUCAGGUGACAGUGAAGGCAGAAGCCUCAUGUUAAAUUUGCCCUGAUUAGAUGUAGUGGUUUCAGAGUUGGGCCCUUGGCACAAGGGGUCUUUAUGAGUCUUCUGGUUGUGACCAUCUUGCAGAGAGCACUUUGGUUUUCUUCGUAGAAAAUGUUUUUCUUGUGAGAGAUCUAGAUGGCUGGGCAGAUUAGUGCUUAUUUUGUGUGAGGACAUAGGAGCAUAAUUUUGGCUCCUGGUAGUAAUUAUGUUGCAAUUAGCAUAUAGCAACUAAACGACUGGAACAGGAUAAUUUGUUGAGGGGUUUAGUGAUUGCUCUGUCGAGUAGAAGUGCCACUCCUUAUUUAUUUGACUCGGAAAGCUACUGCCUGGGCUUAGCCGUGGAGACUUAAGAAGUACAGGGAUGAUGUGUGAGCUCCAGAAGUUUUCCCUCUCAUUACUGCCAGGUACCAUAGCACUUUCUACUGCCACUUUCUUCUGCUACAAAGGUAGCUGAGCAAUUGUUAUUUCCCUUGUGGAAAACUAGUCAUGGGUGGGAAUACUGCCAGACAGAUGGGGCCACUCUGAGAUGAGGCAGCCUUAUGUUGUGUGGCAAGUUUUCUUUUCAGCAGCUGAGUUCUCACUUCUGCUUGAUUUUGAAAAAUCCGUUUCCUUAUAAAACAAAGGACAACAACAAGAAUAAAACCCCACCAAAUACAAAAUCACAUAGUGUGCUAAAUAUGCCUUCAUGAUAUCUCUCAUAAAAGUUGGCUGUGGCAGACAAAAAUGAAGAUCGGUGAUUCUGAUUGGCAGGUUCUGGGCCCACUAAGUGUCAGUGAAGGACUCUUUUCACUAGGGAACAGGUAAUUCACUGAAGCACCUGCCUAGCUGGGCUUGUGGAAUUGGCAGCAGCUGUGCAGCUGAAGAGGGAUUAUUGAGCAGGUGGUUAAAGAAUCACAUGCCACAGUGACAAGAAAAUACUGGGUCUUCCGUGGUUUAGGUUCAGUUCGUAUGUGUGAAAUUGCUCUUUGUUUCACAUUUCUUAAUGCCUGAUACAGGUUUGUUAGUGAGAUGAUAAUGGAAAAGAGAAGAGAUUCUUCUUUCUCUGUGUUUCUUUUUAGAUUACUGAAUAGCAUGCCUUAGACAUGGUCCUAGCCGGCCCUAUUGUAUUUCUGUGAUUUCUGGCUUUAUGCCCUAUGAAUGGGAAGGAAAUAGUGGUAAUUCAGUUUUCUAGUGCUUGUUUAUUAGAGGGAAAUGGGAAGGAGAAAAUUCUUUGCUUUCAGUGUGGUGAAAAAGAUUUAGUCCACUGGGAGGAUACCCAGCAGGUUUUAUGCAAAGGAUAUAAUUGACUUUGUGUGGGUCCACCUGACAUGCCUCACUCAAGAAAUUUGCAUGUGUUUUUAUUUUGUGAAUGUAAAUCUCCCCAUGAAGUUUGCAUCUCUUCAGUUGUCCUGUUCCAUUUUAGUUUUUCCCAGUACCUUUAUAAUUCUUUCCUCUGGCAUUGAGAUUAACAUCACUUGUUAGGAUCAAAUCACCCAGGGCCAAAUCACGUUAAGGAAAUACCUCAGCUACAUAUUUAUCUUAAAAACAAGUAUAGCAUUUCCUCUAACUUGGAAGAGGACUUUCUAUUUUUAGGCUUUUUGCAUAUUCCCUGGUUUUUCUUCUAGGUUAUUAUCAUCAUCUUCCAUUAAUAGUUUUCUUUCACAUCUUCAUGCCACUCUAGUAGGCAGUGCCAUACAACCUAAAAUGUAUAAGCAAGUAGUAACUUGGGUAUUUAUGUUCUGACUUUUUAAUGCCUUCCAGUCAUUUUCUGUGUUAGGUCAACAGGCUGUGUACUCAUACUGAAUCUCCAUCUUUUUCUUUCUCCCUCUCAUUGAAUUCACCAGGUAUUAAUUAACAGUUGAUUGAAGGAAAAUAUGUGAUGCUAACUGUUUUUGAAGUUCAGAAAUCCCUUUUCCAAGUGGAGUGAAGGCUAUGACCUAUUUGCCAGAAAGAUUUAGAUACAUAGAUCAAUUGAUUGAUUUAGAGGAAAGGGAGGCAACAUUAUGACCCUGAGACAGGGCCAGUGGACCACUGAAAGACAGUGACAUUUGCAAUAAUCUGCUUAAACCUAGUUUGUAACCUAGCUUUAAGUGGGAGCCUAACAGUUAUUGUAUAGUAUUCUCUUCUGGGAAAGAACUUAAACUUCUCUAUUUGCCUAUAUGAAGCCGUCACAGUUGUUUGUUUUAAACUGUUCAUAAACCACCAUAUACUUUCCUAGCAUUUUCAGUAGUUUGCUUCCUCAUGCUUUUUCCCUUCCCCCAUCUCUCAUCCUAGUUCCCUGCUCUGAAGACUUCUCCAGCAGCUUGGAAACACUCUAAUUACUGUAGCUAUUAUAGUCACAACCCAGAUCUUCCACCUCCUUCCCACUCACCCCUUUCUAUCUUCCUUCCCCCUCCCCUUGCUCUAGCAGCGGGAGUUGAACUGCAGUCUCAUGAGCACAGUCAGAUCUAUGAAUGAGCUUUAUAUCUUGUCAAGGCAGAACUCCAGAUCCAACAGGGCUGAUUUUUCAUGGUCCUCUUGCUGUUUGUUCUUGGAUCAGAGUCCCAGAAAUAAGAGAUGGCAAAUACCUAUUAGGUCAUAUCUAGUCCAUCACUCAGGAGCAAACCUCCGAUCUUUCUCUUGUCUCUGUGAGAAUUUUUUCCUUCUUUCUUUUGCAGGUGAGAGCUGUCUGAUGCCAGGCAGGCUCUGAAACUGCCUUCUUUUUAUUGUGCUCUCUGGUCAUUAUGGCCAGACUUUGCUCUCUCGGAUUUUUAUUCUUACACCGUUUUCAGGAUUACUUGCUCCCAGCAAUAUCUCUACCCCCUCCAACUUCUGUCCUUUUUGAUUGUUGGUACCACACUUAUGGGUUCCUUUCGUGCCACCAGUUAUCUGUACCAGAAGUUCUCAUUUUUCAAACCGUUGCCACUAGGACCAUGUGGCGUUGUCUUAAGGAGGUACAUUAAACAGAAGCAUGGGACAUACAUGCUAGCAAGUAGUAAUUAAUAAAAUGGUUUAGAAAAUAUGUGCAAGGUUGUGUAUGCCCUUAAUAAGAAACCCCUGUACUGUAUCAACAAAUAACUGCUGCUUUCUGUUUAAUUCAGGAUACUUUCUGUUCUAACCCUUUUUCUCCUUACAUGGGUGAAUUUUAUUUUUUGUGGGUUAGUUAUAGUUACAGCGGAGUUAUUGUCUGAUUUAAGAGUGUUACGUUUUCUUUGCUAAUAUAGCUUUUCAAAGCAUAGGGUAUGGUGUCAUACAACCCCGGUUCUCAUCACUAUUUUGCUUCUGACUAGCUGUGUGACCUUGUGCUAGUCACUCCACUGUUUUCACGGUCUUUAUUUGUGAAAUGAGUAAAUUAAACAAGAUCAUCUCUUAAGGUUCCAUUUAGCUGUAGAAUUUUAUGGUACUAAGAUUGUGAUGGAAGAACAGGACAAAUUGCUUGACAUAAGUGAGCAGUUCUUUUACUGUGUCAAAAAUAUAGUCAGUAUACAGAAAGGCUAAUGAGUACAGCCUUAGUUCCCUGGGGCUUGACCCUCACUCUUCUUUGAUAUGUUUGUAAAGCAUAUGGUGUGCGUUUUUUAAUAGGCCAUCUUCUUUUAGAGUGUCUUAUACUUUAAUUCUGCAGGUUCACCAGCUUGUCAAAUGUAUUUUUUUCUAGUCUGCUCAAGCCAUAGAUGUAGGAAUCAGAAAGCUGUAGAAAAAGAACCUCAGCUUGUGAGAAGGAAAUUGCACCUCAUAGGAUUUGCCUAGAUAUCAAGAAAGUAAUUUUAUGCGUUAAGUCAGCAAUCUAAGAUUUUUAAAUCUCUUAUAUCUGAAAUCUUUGAGCCAAAGAGCCAGAUUGGCUCGUUUGAGCCAAAUGAGACUGAUUGUGGAGGUGGGUUGGGUACUUUUCCAUUUUUGACCAGUCACUAGAAAACUUGCUUUGAAUUAACUUCUUGGGAUUAAAUAUGGUUACGCACUGUGUUUUGUUUGGAAAAUAAAAUGAUUUGAUUUUUCAUGCCAGAAAUGCUAAAUUAAUGACAUUUGUUGAACUAUGACUAACAAGGAAGAUCCCUGAAAUACACUGAGGGACUGAGGGAUUGAAAGCUGGUAGGUGAUUGUGGGAACUUUGGAAUUGACAGUAAUAUUAAGAAAUCUUUGCUUUCAAGCAGUGUAAAGGAAUAAAAUUGCAUACCAAGUUAAUUCUCCAAGUUAGGAUUUUUAUCAGCAUUUCCUAGUUAAUUCAUGGAUUUGGGACAAUAGCAGCUAUUGAGAGUUAAGAAGAUGGUGGUCUUUUAGUCUUUUCUUUCUUUUUCUUUAUUAAUAUAACAACAUUACAUGUUUAAUCUACCUUUGAACAUUGGAAGAAGCAUUCACUGUUUUUAAAUUUGCACUUAAAACAUCCAUCAGUCUGUAAUAGAAAAAUUUGGUGGGUGGAACUGUUAUUUGUUUUGGACUCACAAAAAGUCUUGGGAGUGCUUUGCUUUGUUACCUGCCAUCUUUAGCAUAUUACUAAUUUUUAGGUAAUGUAAAGGUUAUUUUCGGAAGUGCUCCACUUGAAUAUGAGAUUUUAGAAAGAUUAAUAUUAGAAAUAUAAGUGGUUUUUGUAGAUGGGUUUUGUUUUGUUUUGUUUUUUAAGUGUCAGGUGACACAUAGGUUAUUGAAUUGGAAAGUGGCCAAAGUAUACACCAUGCAACCCUUGGAAAUGAAACUAUACCAUGAAUGAAAUCCAGAUCCUGGCAGUUAGGCAACAUUGCAUGAUUGGUACUGCAUUGCAUACUUGUACCUGUAGUUUCUUAGGCUGUAGUUCAGUCUUUGUAGGGGAUGACAGCGGUGUUUGUUCUAUUCUGUGUACAAAGUACAGCUAGUGGGCUUUUGGCAUGUUAUCAGCAAUGUUUGUAGCAACACUCCUAGGUGGAGGAGACUGGGUUUUGUUGGGAUGAACUUUCAUUUAUGCGAGCAGAAGUGGAUGUUUAAGAAUGUACUUUGUAAAUUUCAGUUAUAAAUUCUGAGUGUUGAUGUCAAACUCAGCAUUUAUCUUUGUUUUGGAACUGAUGCUCCUAGAGCAGUCUUAAAGAGUGAUGUCAGAAAUGGAACUAUAGGAAGAGAAAUGAAAUUGUGCAGCUUAUAGAGUAUAUAAAUCUGAAAAGUAUAUAAGGAAGAAGGAAAGCUUUUUCUAUGUGACAUCUGCUUUUAAAAGUACCUCCAGUCUUUGAUUUCUGCCUACCCUUUUUUCUCCUAAGCAUUACACUUCUUCCAGUUGCCAUGACACAAAAUUUUGAACUCCUAUUUAGUUCUUUUUCUUCCUGGCUGUCUCAUCUAAUCAUUCACUAAAUUUGGAUUAUUCUAGCUAUCUUGCCAUUUAUUUAGCUUUGCUUUUUCACCCGACCUAGUUCAGGCCUUCAUCUGUAUGUUAUUGCAGUAACCUCAUGGUUAUUGCCUCUUUCUGUAUUCUGUAGUACAGACUGCUGCAAGAUUAUUAUAAUUUUUUAUUUAUUCACUUAACUGUCAAGCCAGACAUGGUCUCUGACCAACAAUCAACUGAUAAAAGUAUGAUUAUGAACUAAAGUGCUCUGAAUGGAAAGAUUUUGGUUCUAGAAGAGUAUAUAAUAAGGAACCCCAGUGUAGUUGGGUUUUUUUUUCCAGUUUAAUAUGUAUAUUUUUAGUAAUCUCUGCACCCAAUGUGGGGCUCCAAUUUACAACCCCAAAAUCAAGAGUCACAUGCUUCUCCAACUGAGCCAGCCAGGUGUCCCAGUUGUUUGGUUUGUUUGUUUUUUUAGAUUUUAUUUUUAAAUAAACUCUGUACCCAGCAUGGUGCUCCAGCUCACAACCCUGAGAUCAAGAGUCACAUGCUUUACCAACUGAGCCAGCCAGGCAUCCCCCCAGUAUAGAUUUAUAUAAUCUUUUUUUUUUAAUUUUUUAAUUUUUUUAAAUUAAAAAAAAUUUUUUUUUUUAACUUUUAUUUAUUUUUGAGACAGAGAGAGACAGAGCAUGAACGGGGGAGGGGCAGAGAGAGAGGGAGACACAGAAUCGGAAGCAGGCUCCAGCCUCCGAGCCAUCAGCCCAGAGCCCGACGCGGGGCUCGAACUCACGGACCGCGAGAUUGUGACGUGAGUCGAAGUCGGACGCUCAACCGACUGAGCCACCCAGGUGCCCCUAUAUAGUCUUUAUCAUUUCACUUCUUGCUGAAAAACCUUUAGUGGCUCCUUGUUGCCUGCAUAGGCCAGAACUCCACAUCCUUUAUAAUCUGACGAACCUUGGCCUUUCUCACCCUUAUUUCAUUUAUUUCUUACUCUGUUCACAGCUAUUCUUUCAGCUUACUUUGUGUUUUUCAUUCUCAACACCCUGUUUCUUUUUUUCUUUUCUUUUCUGUUGGAAUGACCUUCCCAGGUCCAAAGCAUUCAACUCCAAAUCAGACCCUUCUUCAACCUGCCCCAAAAUUUCAUCUCUGUCCUGAAGCCUUUCUUAAUGCUUUUCUUCCCACCCAAUUAUCUCCAGAAUUGAUUUCAUCUUCCUCUGUAUCUCCCAAACUCUUUGCUAGGAUUUUUGUUACAGUACUUUAUCACACAUUGUCUUUAAUUAUAGUUAUUUGUGAAUAUAUUUUUUCCUCCCUCCUUUUUAGCUGCCUAAAACACCUCUGUCUCCUCUGUUCCUCAUGGAUUCUAUCUAGCCCAAUGCUUUGAAUAUAACUUCAUGCUUAAUUAAUGCUUGCUGAAUUGAAUUGGAAUUUGAUUUUUGAAAACAGAAACUUCUUGUAGUUUUUUUUUUUUUCAGGCCUCCUUUUACGCUAAGGUGACUUUCAUUCAACGCAUUUUAUCCUAAACUGAAUAACCUAGGAACAAGGCAGACUAUGAAAGCUUUCAGAAAUCCUUCAGACUCAAGGACAAGCAUUUGUUGCUUUUACUUCCUGCAGCAAUACUGUGGCUCCAUACGUCCUACCUGAUGGAAGACUUUGGGGAGGGGAAGGAGUAGUACAUGCAGGUGGAAGCAGUGUAGGUCAGACAUGGGAACCAGAUUGGUUCUGGUAGAGGGAAUAUAGGUACUGUUGGGCCCUCUGGCUGUUGUUGACCUCUGGGAGGUCUUUUUUAGUUUUUCUUAUUUAUUUCUCUCAUUCCAUAAAUAUUUAUUGGAUUCCUAGUGUAAGGUGAGAGAGGUUGGGAGUGCUAUAGCUUUAAGUAAGAUGGUCUUUGAGAAGUGUGGUGCUGGUGUGUUACUGGUUGUUAGGCACUUCAGUGAGGUUGUUGAAUGCUGUUCUGACCCGCAGAAAGAGAGAGGCAGUGUCUGCAAUUGUUCCAAAGAGUCCAGCUGACGUAGAGGGGGAAAUAGCUACUCUUUAUGUUCUUUUCUCCUGGCUGCUCCUCUGGCUGGCAUUCCUGGAAGUUAAUCAUGGUGAAAAUUGCAGUCAGUCAUGUCUCGAAGACACCAGGGGUAGAACUGGAGCCCUGUAGCCACUUCCCUGAGGGGUGGGAUUUACCCUUCUGCCGACUGGGUCUUGGAUGCCUAGAGUACUGGGUGAGGUAGGCCUCUGAGUCAUCUCCUUUCUCAAGGGAAAAAGCCCAAUAUCAUGACCUUUCUUGUGAGGCCUCAGCAAAAUAAGCUUUCAAGGAGCGUGCACUCUGCUCCCAGCUUAAAAAUUGAAUUUUCAGGUUUGUGGUAUUUUGACUUCCUCUCACCACAUUGUUAACUGUGUUCUGUCUCAAUACCUAAUGCAUUAGCCUGAGGAUGAAGAUGCUCUCUUGUUUGACUUGUGUAUUGUAAAUUUUCUUAUAAUUCCCUUUCUUGUCCUUUCUUACCCCUUCUAUUUUAUUAUUUUUCCUGUUACGUCUUUCCUUUGCUUACACAAAGCUGAUAGGAAACAGAAAUGCCUUAGGUCAGACUGCCACUUUGAUAAUUGGCUGGAAGCUAGAAUUCCUACCUAAUAUACAAGAAAUGGAAUGUCUUAUUUCUAUCCUUGGGUUAUAUAGAACGCAGCUUGUGGACAUCAAGCUCUCAGCUGGUUAUACUAUAUUGCUAUUUGAGAUAGCUGAGGUGCAUGGUACCUGAACGCUAUUUUUAGUUAUUUAUACAUAAGCUUGUGCAGUUGCAGUGCACAUGGAGACCUGUUUGCUAUGCCAUAAAAUGUGCUCUCUUUGAUAAAUAAUUUUAGAAUAAAGGUUCUUAAUGAACUCAGGGCCAUGCUAAGAAGAAUCUGUUACCUUUGGGCAGAUGGUUCUAAUGUUAGGUGGACUCCUAAGCACAUUUCACAUAGCUUUUCUCUGAAUUUGCUGUAUAUCAAACUUGAAAUCAUAGAUUUUUCACUACAUGUAUUAAAUCAUACAAUAAUACAAUACUGAUACUGUGAACUUAAAGGCUGGCAGUUGUUAAUUCAAGUGUAUGUUGUUUUUUUCUUUAGUGGUUGAAAGGAUCUCCAUUUAAUUGACCAAGUUGUAUUGCUUUGUUAGUUAAAAAUACCUUAACAUAGCUUAGGUUGCUGGUGAAAACUGUUUUUUUUUAGUAGUAAUGUUUCUGUGGUUUGUAUUAGUUGGCCCUUCCAAUCCUAGCAGAGUUAGAAAUCCUGGCAGUGUGAAUUUCAGAUGCUUUCCAUAACACUAUCUGACAGAGGGAGAAGUGCAGGGCAGUGUUUGGCAAUAUUGUUUCUCUUGAGCCUUUCUAUAAGAAAGAAAUUCAGUUUUAACAAGGUCAAGUUGGGGUAGGUGACACAAUGGUGGAGUGACAUUUUCUUCCAGCCACAGAUGUGUAAUAUGUUUUACCUGAAUAUGUGAUCUGAAGCAUUAGAUUUAUUUAAAAGUGUUACUGACUUAAACACGAUUAGUGCCAUUUCUGUCAUCCCUAUAUAAAUUUUUUUCCUUCUUUCUUGGUAGGCAAAAUAAUGAUACAAUAAUUUAAUUCAUAUCUCAGGUACUUGAGAGAAGGAGACUAAUCGUUGAAAUGUGCUGCUAGGCUCUGCAUUUGAUGGCAGCGAUAGGAACAGCAAGGUAUUUACGUUUUUAUAAGGAUUGAAAUCCUUGCUUAAAUAAAAAUGUCAUAUUCUUAAUAUGACUGAAUUGAAACUAUUAAAGGAGAUUAAAGAAGCUGUAAAAUUAGACCAGAUAAUAAAAAUAAUGGAGUUUAUUUAUACAUAGAUUGAUUAAAUACCUCAUUGGGAGCAAAUGCAAAAUGUGGUUUUGAGGUAGAGAAACUACUUCUUCAGUUGGCAGUUUUAGAACCUACAAAGCGAAGAAAGAAACUGCGUGUUACUUUGAGGAACAAACAAGAAUUGGUAAAGGUUUCUGUAGGUCAACACUAUUUAACAGUAAUCAUAUCUUGGCUCUUUUCCUCCCAGCCAACUGAGAAGCCUCAAGAAUUAACUGUACUAGCCCUUGCGUACCGAGCACCACUCCUGUGAUGGACUGUGUGCACUCAUUUUACCAGGCCAGGAAAUUAAGUUGGCUCAUCUAAUUCUCAACCAAACAAAAAAUAGUAAUCAUAUAUUGAUUAAGCUCAGCAUUCUUCAGGGAGAGGAGAACAAAAUCUAUCACAUGGGGAUUCAGUGUUAAAUUGAGCUAUGAUCAAGUAUGUACAUUAAGAAAAGUAGAAAGAUUUUAUUUAUUUUUAAAAUUUAUUUUUUAUUUUUGAAAGAGAGAGACACAGAGUACAAGUGGGGGAGGGGCAGGGAGAGGGGGAGACACAGCCUCUGAAGCGGGUUCCAGGUUCUGAGCUGUCAGCAGCUGUCAGACACGGGGCUCCAACUCACAAACCACAAGACCAUGACCUGAGCCGAAGUUGGAUACUUAACUGAGCCACCCAGGUGCCCCUUAAAGCUUUCUCUUUUUUUGAAAUUUUUAAAUGUUUAUUUGUUUAUUUUGAGAGAGAGUGCGUGGGCAGGGAAGGGACAGAGAGAGGGAGAGAGAAAAUCCCAAGCAGGCUCCAACACUGCGCAGAGCCCAAUGUGAGGCUGGAACUCCUGAACCAUGAGAUCGUGACCUGAGCUAAAAUCAAGAGUUGGAUGCUUAACUGACUGAGCCACCCAGGCGCCCCAGAAAAAAAGAUUUUAGAAAGCAAAUAACCCACUGGCAGCUUAAAUUCUUAAAAAUCAUUAUAUUAGAAGUCCACGUUAAAAGAAAGCUAGGGAUCAAAAGGACCAUACAAAACAGAUGGUGAUUUGGCAUAGUCUUAGAGGCUGUGGAGAGAAGAAAUAAGAAACAUUUUCAAUCAAGGCCAAAGAAUCCCACAAAGUGAUAAUGGGUGAAUGCCACUUAGAAAUUAGGUAAAAGAAAAAAAAAAGAUGAAUUCAGUAAGCCUCUUUGCACAGCUAAUGGUAAGUUUCCUGUUUGUUUAUUUUUUUAAGAGGACAUGUUAAAAAUGGAAAGGCUGCUAGAAAAGUGGUAAGAGUACUUGAUUAUGGUGUGAAGGAUCCAUUCAGGGAUGAAAACAUUAGAGAAUUUCCACUCUAUUUUUCUCCUCCACCCAAGCAGAUUAAAGUUUCUAGGUCAGAUGAUGAUAGAUGCUUAACUUUUUUUUUUUUCUGAUUAGAACAUGAAUUAAUCUUUUUCAAAGCAUGAAAAGUAUAGAAAAAUAUUAAGAAAAUGUGAACAUUUAUUUAGUAUUCCCAACACAUUUUUUUCCAGCUCCCUAGGCUUUUCUUGACCAAAUCAAUAUACUUGAUUAGAUCAAGUGCAUCUACCCAAGAUUUUAGAAAGAAUUCAAGGAUAAAAUAUGAAUCUCUUAGUGAAAAUAUAUUACUUCAAUUUAUAAGUGUCAUGGUUACUACGCUAAGGGACUGGUGUAGAUUGUUCAAAUGUAAUUUUGUCCAUAAGAAGGCUUUGGAGGUGGAGAGACUAAAAACUAUAUUGGGAAAUUGAUAAAAUAUAAAUUAAAGAUUGAGUUGACUUGGUACUAUUCAUAUAACUUAUCGGGGCUAAGGUAAUAGGUUAGUUUACAUAAGUCGCAUAUGACAAAUCAUUAACAGUUGUGUGGGGACAGAGUUGUUACCAGUGGACGUUGUUUACUUUGAAAAGACUUUAGUUAAAGUUAGGCCAAGGCUAUUUAAAAACUUUAGUUAUGGAAUGGGAGAAAAUGUUUUGUUGUGCAUUAGCAAACUGACUUUCUGACAGUGAAUACUUUUAUAGGUCCAUGGUUCCUUCUCUGCAGUUCUAAACCUCAAAAGCUCUAAAAACUGGGCUUUCGUAAGCAAUGAUGUUGUCCACUGGGCAUGUACUGACCAAUGUGGCAGGUCUGAGAACAUAGCUGAAGCUGAAAAUAGGAAAGCUGGGGGCAAGGAAGAGCCUUGAAUCUUGAGGUGGGACGUUGACUCUAAGAUGUCCUUGAGCAGUGGAGCCUCCGGAGGGAAAGGAGUGGAUGCAAACCCGGUUGAGACAUACGACAGUGGGGAUGAAUGGGACAUUGGAGUAGGGAAUCUCAUCAUUGACCUGGACGCCGAUCUGGAAAAGGACCAGCAGAAACUGGAAAUGUCAGGCUCAAAGGAGGUGGGGAUACCGGCUCCCAAUGCUGUGGCCACACUGCCAGACAACAUCAAGUUUGUGACCCCAGUGCCAGGUCCUCAAGGGAAGGAAGGCAAAUCAAAAUCCAAAAGGAAUAAGAGUGGCAAAGACACUAGCAAGCCCACUCCAGGGACUUCCCUGUUCACUCCAAGUGAGGGGGCAGCUAGCAAGAAAGAGGUGCAGGGACGCUCAGGAGAUGGUGCCAAUGCAGGAAGCCUGGUUGCUGCUAUUGCUCCCAAGGGCUCAGAGAAGGCGGCUAAGGCAUCCCGCAGUGUAGCCGGCUCCAAAAAGGAGAAGGAGAACAGCUCAUCUAAGAGCAAGAAGGAGAGAAGCGAAGGAGUGGGGACUUGUUCAGAAAAGGAUCCUGGGGUCCUCCAGCCAGUUCCCUUGGGAGGACGGGGUGGUCAGUAUGAUGGAAGUGCAGGGGUGGAUACAGGAGCUGUGGAGCCACUUGGGAGUAUAGCUAUUGAGCCUGGGGCAGCGCUCAAUCCUUUGGGAGCUAAACCGGAGCCAGAGGAAGGGGAGAAUGAGUGUCGCCCGCUAAAGAAAGUCAAGUCUGAAAAGAUGGAGUCCCCUGUCUCUACACCAGCAGUGCUGCCACUGCACCUUUUGGUACCAGUGGUCAAUAACGACAUCUCCUCCCCCUGUGAGCAGAUCAUGGUCCGUACCAGAUCAGUUGGGGUCAACACAUGUGAUGUGGCUCUAGCUACAGAGCCUGAGUGCCUGGGCCCCUGUGAACCUGGAACAAGCGUCAACCUUGAGGGCAUCGUGUGGCAGGAAACAGAAGAUGGGAUGUUGGUGGUAAAUGUAACAUGGAGGAACAAGACCUAUGUAGGCACACUUCUUGACUGCACGCGGCAUGAUUGGGCACCCCCCAGGUUCUGUGACUCCCCCACCAGUGACUUGGAAAUGCGCAACGGCCGGGGUAGAGGCAAACGCAUGCGUCCCAACAGUAACACACCUGUCAAUGAGACAGCCACUGCCUCUGACAGCAAAGGGACCAGCAGCAGCAGCAAAACCCGAGCAGGAGCCAAUAGCAAAGGCCGUCGGGGCAGCCAAAAUUCUUCAGAGCAUCGCCCACCUGCCAGUAGCACCUCUGAGGAUGUCAAGGCCAGCCCUUCCUCAGCUAAUAAGCGGAAAAACAAACCGCUUUCAGACAUGGAGCUGAAUUCCAGCUCAGAGGACUCCAAAGGGAGCAAGCGUGUCCGUACGAAUUCCAUGGGCUCAGCCACUGGUCCCCUCCCUGGGACCAAGGUUGAACCCACUGUUCUAGACAGAAAUUGUCCCUCCCCAGUCCUGAUUGACUGUCCCCACCCAAACUGCAACAAAAAGUAUAAGCACAUCAAUGGACUUAAGUACCACCAAGCUCAUGCCCACACAGACGAUGACAGCAAGCCGGAAGCAGAUGGAGACAGUGAAUAUGGAGAGGAGCCCACCCUCCAUGCAGACCUUGGGAGCUGCAAUGGUGCAUCCGUCUCACAAAAAGGUUCCUUGUCCCCUGCCCGUUCAGCUACCCCCAAAGUUCGGCUCAUAGAGCCCCACAGCCCUUCUCCUUCAAGCAAAUUCAGCACAAAAGGCCUCUGUAAGAAAAAGCUUAGUGGGGAAGGGGACACAGACCUUGGGGCCUUAUCUAAUGAUGGCUCUGAUGAUGGACCCUCAGUAAUGGAUGAAACAAGCAAUGAUGCCUUUGAUUCUUUAGAAAGGAAGUGUAUGGAAAAAGAAAAAUGUAAAAAACCCUCUAGUUUGAAGCCUGAAAAGAUUCCUUCCAAAAGCUUAAAGUCAGCGCGGCCUAUUGCCCCUGCCAUCCCUCCACAGCAAAUCUACACCUUCCAGACAGCCACCUUCACAGCAGCAAGCCCAGGCUCCUCCUCAGGCUUGACCACCACAGUGGUCCAAGCCAUGCCCAACAGCCCCCAACUCAAGCCUAUUCAGCCCAAGCCCACUGUGAUGGGAGAACCUUUCACAGUCAACCCUGCCUUGACCCCAGCCAAGGACAAGAAAAAGAAAGACAAAAAAAAGAAGGAGUCCUCAAAGGAACUCGAAAGUCCUCUGACCCCUGGGAAGGUAUGUCGAGCAGAAGAAGGCAAAAGCCCGUUCAGGGACUCCUCGGGAGAUGGGAUGAAAAUGGAGGGGCUCCUGAAUGGCUCAUCAGACCCCCACCAGAGCCGACUGGCUAGCAUCAAGGCAGAAGCUGACAAGAUCUACAGCUUCACGGACAAUGCCCCCAGCCCUUCAAUUGGAAGCAGUAGCCGCAUAGACAGCACUACUCCUACCCAGCCCCUGACUCCCUUACAUGUAGUGACCCAGAACGGAGCCGAAGCCAACUCGGUCAAAACCAACAGCCCUGCAUACUCCGACAUAUCUGAUGCUGGGGAGGAUGGGGAGGGCAAAGUGGACAGCGUCAAAUCAAAGGACUCUGAACAGUUGGUUAAGGAAGGGGCUAAGAAAACUCUUUUUCCCCCUCAACCACAGAGCAAAGACUCGCCAUAUUAUCAAGGCUUUGAGAGUUACUACUCUCCGAGUUAUGCACAGUCUAGCCCAGGGGCUCUGAACCCCAGCAGCCAGGCAGGAGUGGAGAGCCAAGCUCUGAAGACAAAAAAGGAUGAGGAGCCUGAGAGCAUAGAGGGGAAAGUGAAGAACGAUGUCUGUGACGAGAAGAAACCAGAGCUGAGCAGUUCCAGUCAGCAGCCUUCCGUCAUCCAGCAGCGUCCCAACAUGUACAUGCAGUCUCUGUACUACAACCAGUAUGCCUACGUGCCCCCGUAUGGCUACAGCGACCAGAGUUACCACACCCACCUCCUGAGCACUAACACAGCCUACCGGCAGCAAUAUGAGGAACAGCAGAAACGGCAGAGCUUGGAGCAGCAGCAGCGGGGACUGGACAAGAAGGUGGAGUUGGGCCUAAAGGAGCGGGAGGCGGCACUCAAGGAAGAAUGGAAGCAAAAGCCGUCGAUUCCCCCAACUCUCACGAAGGCCCCCAGCCUGACAGACCUGGUCAAGUCAGGACCCGGGAAGGCCAAGGAGCCAGGGGCUGACCCUGCCAAAUCAGUCAUUAUUCCCAAGUUAGACGACUCCUCCAAACUGCCCAACCAGGCCCCGGAAGGACUUAAAGUGAAGCUGAGUGAGGCCAGCCACCUAGGCAAGGAGGCCUCUGAGGCUAAGACAGGCGCUGAGUGUGGCCGACAGGCAGAGGUGGAUCCAAUACUCUGGUACCGACAGGAAGCAGAGCCCCGGAUGUGGACGUAUGUCUAUCCUGCCAAGUACUCGGACAUCAAGUCAGAGGAUGAGCGGUGGAAAGAGGAGCGGGACCGCAAAUUGAAGGAAGAAAGGAAUCGGAGUAAGGACUCUGCCCCCAAGGAGGAUGGGAAGGAAAGCACAAGUAGUGACUGCAAGCUGCCCACGUCUGAGGAAUCCCGCCUCGGGAGCAAGGAGCCCCGACCAAGUGUCCAUGUGCCUGUGUCCUCCCCCCUCACCCAGCACCAGUCCUACAUCCCUUACAUGCACGGCUACUCCUAUAGCCAGUCCUAUGACCCCAACCACCCCAGCUACAGGGGCAUGCCUGCUGUGAUGAUGCAGAACUACCCAGGUUCCUACCUACCUUCCAGCUACUCUUUCUCCCCAUAUGGCAGCAAAGUCUCAGGGGGUGAAGAUGCUGACAAGGCACGAGCCAGCCCCAGUGUCAGUUGUAAAUCCAGCUCAGAGUCCAAAGCCCUGGACAUCUUGCAGCAGCACGCCAGUCACUACAAGAGCAAGUCUCCCACGAUAAGUGAUAAAACGUCUCAGGAGAGAGAUCGGGGAGGCUGUGGGGUGGUUGGGGGUGGUGGCAGCUGUAGCAGCGUCGGGGGAGCAGGCGGGGGUGAAAGAAGUGUAGACCGGCCCCGCACCUCCCCUUCUCAGCGCCUGAUGUCCACACAUCACCACCACCACCAUUUGGGGUACUCGUUGCUCCCAGCGCAGUACAACUUACCCUACGCAGCAGGGCUUUCUUCUACAGCCAUUGUUGCCAGCCAGCAAGGCUCCACUCCCUCACUCUACCCACCCCCACGGAGGUGAGAAUGAACACCAAGUGCCCGGAUAAAGUCAGCUUCACGGGCCCGGACUGGCUCGCCCAAGGAGGUGCUGGAGGUGCCAUUUAGACAUCAGUUAAAUGGUGUUGAUCAUCCUGUUUGCCGUUCCCACCAUGACCGAAGGCAGACCCUUGGCUAUCUCACCUCCACCAGAUCCCUGGACUCCCCAACCCUCCCUCUUCCUCAGGAGCUGGAGAGCUGGUACUUAGCAAAAAUAUUUAUUCUCUUGGCCACAGUUGAGACUGUUGUGGCCUCUGUGGAGAUGAAGGCACGGGGAGCAACCAGGGGAACAUGGCCUCAGCCCAGAGAAGUAACUGCUCCAUUCCCCAAGCCCCUGGUCAGCUGCCAGAGCAGUGCCAGCCCCCACCCCCAGGGAGGGACUCACAAGUACUGGGUAAGGUCUGAAGACAGCACAGCAGCCAUACCCCUGUCACUGUCAUUACCACAAUCACCAGAUCCUGCAUCUCCCCAGCAGUUUGGGCCCUGGGAACUGGCAGCAUGUGGAGGAAUUAGAAUCUCAGGAAAGAAAUUGGGGGCUGUUUUCUCUGUACUUGUGAAAACAAAGUCUUCACCCAUGAAGACUUCUCCCCUCUCAUGUGAGCACAUAUAAAUGCUCAGAGCCUAGCCUGGAAAGGAAGACCAAGGCAUUUGCCUCACCAUGGCCCUGGGAUACCUGUCAGGCAGAGGGCUGAGGUCCCAACACCAGCACAGGGCUCCCUGGGGAUACUUGGGAGUGAGCUGGAGCAUGAAUGGAGUCUGUGAAAAAGAACCUGCAUCCCCACUAAGUCCUGCUGCUUCUAAGCCCCCAACUCCUUGCCCUUUUCUCUCUCUCCUCCUUACCCCUUGGUGCCUUUCCCAGGGGGAUCCCCAUGCUGAUCUCUCCUUCUCUUUUCCACUGCUUGGCUCUUAAGACUCAGGCAGGUAAAAUAGUAUUCCCCCCAGCAUGGGGAGCUUUGGAGUCUGCCAGGUCACCUUCGGGCAAGGCCCAGGAGGGAGGCCCUAGGAGCACCCAGCAGUUCUUAGAGGUGUCCUGUCCAUUCAGCCAUCUGAGUAUCCUCCUCAUUUAGGGCCACAAAUAUAUACAGCCCAGUUCCUCUGUAUACAAGUACAUGAUUUUAUAUAGCUCAAUCUAUAACCCCAAGUGUGCCAAUAUCAGCUGUGUUUCUUUGUUAACACACGUUUUUGUUUUAGGGGCCACUGGCCAUGGAAAGUUACGGGUUCCUUAGACCCUGAGAUAACACAUCCAAGCCAUUACUCCUCAGAGCCAGAGUGUACUCAGUGGAGCUGUGCUAUGAGGCAGCAGACAUUUCUCUGCUCUCCUUAGAAAUGCAGUCUACCAGCCCAGCUUUAUGCUCUUUGCCCUGGGAAAGUGACCAUGAUUUGGUAGCUUUAUUGGAGUCACUUCUUCCCCAAGGUAUGAGGAGCUUUAGCUCUUAUUUUGCUUUUGAGGUUAUCAUCCCUUUGUGCUCCUUGGCUAUCUUUCCUUGACCUUCUGGAUUGAGAAAGACUGACAUACACCAGCCUAAGGCUAGAGAAGGGUAUUUGUGACCAGAGUGCCAAAGUGACCAUUUAAGAGCAAGGACUUGGCUCGGACUCCAUUUGGGGCAUGGGGGUGGAAGACAAUAAGCACAAUGCCCAGCAGAGGCUGCUUUCCAAGAGCCCUGGCUUAGGGUCGUUUGCCCAAGAGGAGCCCCUUUCACCUAUAGACCUCUCCUCUAGGCUUUCAUGUCAGUUGUUUUUGUUCAAGUUGGGUUGAAUCCUUCCCAAAACCCACUGUUUUAGACCACUUUGCAGGCCCCCAGGCAGCCUCCCUUUUCCCCAUCAUUCCCUCUGCCUCCUGCUAAACCCAGAGGGCAGGGCUCUGGGCAGUGACUUCCCUUUCAUCCUUGGAAGUAGUUGGUUUGGACACCUUCACCCCACCUAACCUGAGUCACCCCCACCAAGAGGAUGACUCUGAAUUUCAGCCUGAUUGUACCCUCCCAGACUCCUAUGGGGUGGAGCCAAGGGCCCAUCUCUGUUCCUGUUUGUUUUUAAAUAUUGUUAUGUGUUUUGUAACUGUGGCGCUGGCUUACAGCGUGCUCUGUACAUAUUGUAAAGAAACCGUUGGAGUAAUUUUCGUUCCCAUUGGGCAGGCCUGGCCCCACAUUCCUGCCCCUUCCACUUGGUUCUGUAACACAGAGAAGAGGAACUUCUGUAUUAGCAGGGCAGCCUUGGGUUCUGCAGAAGGGAAUUUUUUUUUUCCUUACAAAGAAACAUUUGGCUCUCUGAUCCUUAUAUCCAAGUCUCCCUAGAAGGGUAGGAGCUGAGCUCCCAGAAGAGCAGGUGAAAGCAACAAUGGCAGAAUAGCACUGUCUUUUCCUGGUCCCUGCUCCUUGCCAGGUCCAGUCUUCCCUCCCUGAAAUAACAUGCAGCAGCUGCAUCAACGAAGGAAGCAGAGAUCCUUGACAAGUGCUGAGUGAAGGAUCUGCUGUCCACCUCCAGCCUCUAUGGAGAGGAGGCACACAGGUAGGAGUACCUGUGGCACCCAUGACUUGCUCAGAGAGAUGAGACACUCAGCAGGGAUUCCACCCCAUGAGCAAAGGCUGGAAUAGCUUGCUGGGACCAAGACCACCAGACCAAAGCUCUCUAUGAGCCACCUCUGCCCCUUCACAAACCUCGUUCACCGGGGCUCCACACAGAGGACCUACAGGGAGGGAGCCUCAUCCCCAGUUAGGACAGCCAGGGCUGGGAGAGCUGCUCUUUAGGGUUCACAUCUGCUUCCUCACUUAAGGUGUGCCGGUUUCCGUCAUCCCCCUUCCCUGCCUGUACAUGUAUGUGUACAUGUACAAAGUUCCCUUCUCUUACCUCAUUCCCUCCACACGUCUCCAGGUCAAAUGACCACAGGCAGAAUGGUUAAGAAGGCACCCCAGGAAAUGAAAUGGUGAUUCUUGAAUAUUCUCUCCGGGCUCCAAGGGGAGGGUGAGAGGAUGUGGUUUUGGGGUGGGAGGGUGAGACUGUAGAAGGGCUAGAGUUACUGUACACGGGCUUUGAGGUCACCCUUGUUGCUCAUUAUGCUGUGUACCCUGUUACCAUCCCAAUGUCUACUCUCCUGCCCCUGUGAUUUAACUGGGCAGCUAGUUGGCCCCAUAAUUCUGGGCCUUUGUCAUUUGUUUUACUACUAGGGCAUCCCAGGAAGCUCUCUGAUGAUCCUCUGCCAUGGGCCCCUCCUGGGAUCAAGCCCCUCCCAGGCCCCGCCCCCAGCCCCUCUUGCCCCAGCCCACCCGCUUGCCUUGGUGCUCAGCCCCCCAUUGGGAGCAGGUUGGGGCGAGCUGGAGGCCCGGGCUGGAGGGGCAGUGUUGCUGUUCAUAGCUUUUGUUCCAUUGGCGUUGCUCUGUUGGAUUUAAUUUCAGUCUUCCUGAUUCUUCCCUUCUGUAAAGUGUACAUUACCAAGUUCCUUGUUUUUUAUAUAUAUAUAUAUAUAAAUAUAUAUAUAUACAAACUGUACUCUUUUUGCCUUUGUACAUUCAGGCAAGAAGAGAAAAUAAAUCUUUUUAAGAGACAAUCACAAA